UUCGUCUGUGGCAUCAGUUUUGGAACACAACCAGCAGUAUAUCGACAAUUCGUAAUCUCGUUUUCAAGUAUAUAGCUGCUCUUCAUAUUUUGUUUGUUAGUGACCGAUGUACGAUUUGGAAUGCAUUUUUAAAUUACAACCAAGAAUCGUCAGUGAAUGGUAGUUCAUGAAUUUGUCUUCUUCUAACUUAAGACAGUCAAGAACUACAUUCAGCGUCGAUGAUUCGCAUGAGAGACUUCGGUACAGAACAGUGUUAACAUUUGCGGCAUAUUUUUGAGUGUCAUAACAACGCUUAACAUUUUCCUUUGAUAAAAAGUGAACGAAACUUAAAGAAGAAACAACAGAUUUAAAUGACAAAUAAUUAUGGCAACGUCUGGUUCUGAUAAAAAGCCAAGCGUAAUAAUUUUAGGAGGAUGCGGUUUCAUAGGACGUAAUCUUGUGGAAUAUCUACUGGAUAACGAUCUUGUGUCUUUUGUACGUGUCGUAGAUAAAGUACCACCGCAAACUGCUUGGCUAAAUGCUAAACACCAGCAGUUAUUCAAGCAUCCUUUGCUCGAAUUUAAAAGCGCUAAUUUAAUCAAUACAGCAUCUUGUCAAAAUGCAUUUUUAUCUGACAACCCAAUUAAUUUUGUAAUCAACUGUGCUGGAGAAACAAAGAGCGGCCAGACAGAUCCAGUGUACAAAGAAGGAAUUUAUAAACUGAGUAUGAAUUGUGCUCAACAAGCUGCUAAAUUACAAGUUGACCAUUAUGUGGAAAUAUCUUCUGGUAAUUUUAGUACUUCUGAAAAGAAUCCUCUUAAAGAAGAAGAUGCUGAAGAACCAUGGACAUUUGUUGCAAAAUACAAGUUACAAGUAGAGAAUGAUUUAAAAAACAUACCAAAUUUAAAUUAUACAAUAGUUAGACCAGCUACUGUAUACGGCUGUGGUGAUAGAAAUGGAUUAACACCACGUUUAGUAGUUGGAGCUGUUUAUAAACAUUUGGGAGAAAUGAUGAAGUUACUUUGGGGACCAGAUCUUCACAUGAACACAGUUCAUGUGAGAGAUGUAGCCAGAGCUAUUUGGCAUAUAGUAAAUAGGCCAGAAACUAUAGGCCAAACAUAUAAUAUCGUUGAUGAUGGUGACUCAACUCAAGGAUCAAUCAGUGCUAUAGUUUCAGAAUUAUUUAAUAUCAAUCACGAUUAUUGGGGUAUUGCACUAUCUACACUAGCUAAAACAGAUAUGAAUUCUGUUGUUGAAGAAGUAAAUGACAAACAUAUGGGACCUUGGGCAGAAGCUUGCAAUAAAGACGGAGUGGAAAAUAGUCCUUUGUCUCCAUACAUAGAUCAAGAACUUCUUUACAAUAAGCACUUAUAUCUGCAAGUAGGAAAAUUAUCAAAUAUUGGUUUCAAUUACCUUUAUCCAAAACUUACAAAAGAUGGUUUAAAAGAGCAAUACAAACUGCCAAGAUCAAAUAAUGGAGAAGCUUACAAUAAUUUGUAUGAAGUAACUUUUGGAGCGUUUCACCUUGUGCCUAGUAAUCUAUGCAAGUUACAUACUCUAUUGUAUGUUACAUACUUUAUUCGUAUUUUAUCUUCUAACAAAUAUCGUUAGUUGAAUUUAUAAAAAAAUACAGAUGGAAUAUGAAGAUUUCAUGUAUAAGCCUAUUGCAAAUGUGAUAAACUAGGAAUUAAUGUACUUAAUUUUAUUAUAGUUUGAAGUAUACAAUUUUUGCACCUUAG